UUAAUAACAAACUACAAGUCCAAAAUAUCAGACGAUAAAAAAAAAACUCGGAUCCUUAAACCCUAGUUUCCUCACCGCUGACCAUUUCCGGCAAUCGCACCAGUCUCAUGGCGAAAUCCCUAUCACGCUCCGCUCUCUCCCGAGUCGCUGCUCGUUUCUUUCCCACCUCCAGGGCCGCCUCUCCUUCUCACCUCAUCUCCCGUCGAUCCUCACCGACGCUUUUUCACGCCGUCGGAUUCAUCCCCACUUCGUCCCACCUAACUACGAUCCGAACCCGGAUGGAUAGAUCCGGUGGAUCUUAUUCCCCCCUAAACUCCGGAUCCAACUUCAACGACCGGCCACCUACUGAAAUGGCGCCGCUAUUCCCAGGUUGCGACUACGACCAUUGGCUUAUCGUCAUGGAAAAGCCCGGCGGCGAAAACGCUAGUCGACAGCAAAUGAUCGAUUGCUAUGUUCAAACCCUAGCCAAAAUUGUAGGCAGUGAGGAAGAAGCUAAGAGAAAGAUCUACAAUGUCUCUUGCGAGAGGUAUUUCGGUUUUGGCUGUGAGAUUGAUGAGGAGACAUCAAACAAACUGGAAGGGAUUCCUGGUGUUCUCUUCGUUCUUCCCGACUCUUAUGUUGAUCCUGAGUACAAAGAUUACGGAGCUGAGUUGUUUGUGAACGGGGAAGUAGUUCCUCGUCCACCAGAGAGGCAGCGGAGGAUGACAGAGUUAACGACUCAGAGAAGCUCUGAUAAACCAAAGUACCAUGACAAAACUAGAUAUGUCCGACGGAGAGAAAACAUGCGCUGACUCUAAUUAUCAAAGUCUAAGCUAGACAUCUUUCUCUUUGAACUCGUAUCUAGUUGCCUCCUUAAUACUCUAUUUUCUUCAAUCUGUGCGGAUAAUGUGAAUGAUAAUCAUGAUGAUGAUGGUCUGUUGGUUCUU